UCUGAGAUCUCCCUCAAACAGCAAAAGCAGGAGAUUCGUUCGAACAUAGAGCUUUGAAGAUGAAUAAACAGUUUUUCUUCUUAGCCGGCGUCUGCCUGUUGGCUUAUGUGGCAGUGGAAGUGAGCGCUCAGUAUGGAACGAUGGGAUACCCUGCCGCUGGAGGCUAUGGAGGAUAUGGAGGGGCGGGAGGAUAUGGAGGGGCGGGAGGAUACGGUGCCAUGGGAGCCCUAGGAAACAUUUACGGGGGUAACUCCCAGGAGAGGGCCAAAUAUCAAAGGAAUCUGAUCGCAUACAGAAUGGCUCUAAGGGAUUGGCAGCAAAAAGCCUCAAGGACCAUUGUCAUUAGAAACGCUCUCAAUGAUUUAGCCCGGGCAUCAACGUUCACAAAAUGGACCGCCGCUGUACCUGCCGUUCUUGCUUUGCUGGCAUUCUCCAACUCUACAGCUCUUCCACUUAUUGGAUAAACUCCCUGUUUCAAAAUCUACGAUUCUCUUAACAUUUGGGGUGGUGAUGUUGCGAUGCGCGGUUAGCAGAAAUAUUACUUUUAUGUCAUUUUAUUUUAAUAAACACUUAUGUUAUA